ACAGGCUUACAAAACUGAGAAGUACCUCAGAGUUGAGGAGCAGCUCAGACAGAACAGCCUGUAGACGCUCAGGAUCCAUGCAAGGAAAAAUAAUUAACAUCGUAUUUUGGUUUCUACAAACCAAACUGAUAAUUAUCUUUAUGCAAACGUCUUCUCUCUACAGGAGCUGCCAGCUGGGGAAAUGAAGWUUCCAUGAAGCCCAUCAGUCAUAAAGCUGUGCAUCGUUGGGUCAUUCAUUAGUGAGCGCAAAUAAAACAGGAAGUCAGUGAAAGUUGGAGGAAGAACAGCUGAGCUUCCCUUUGAUUCAGUUCUCUAAAGCCAAAAGAUGUCAACAGAGACGGUCGACGAGGACGGAAGAGGAACCAAAACCUCUAAAACGUCAAAGGAUCACAAAAAGCCCACACCAGAGGCCCUGAAAGGAGCCAUCCAGCUGGGAAUCGGUUAUGCUGUUGGAAACCUGAGCUCCAAACCCGACAGAGAUGUUCUGAUGCAGGACUUCUCCGUGGUAGAAACCGUCUUCUUACCCAGUGAUGGCAGCAACCUGACUCCGGCGCAUCAUUUCCCAGAUUUCCGGCUGAAAACGUAYGCGCCGCUGGCCUUCCGCUACUUCAGGGAGCUGUUUGGGAUCAAGCCUGACGACUAUCUGUACUCCAUCUGUAAGGAGCCGCUGAUAGAGCUGUCCAACCCYGGCGCCAGCAGCUCCUGGUUCUACCUCACCAGCGACGACGAGUUCAUCAUCAAGACGGUGCAGCACAAAGAGGCCGAGUUUCUGCAGAAGCUGCUUCCUGGUUACUACAUGAAUCUGAACCAGAACCCGCGGACGCUGCUGCCCAAGUUCUACGGCCUGUACUGCAUCCAGUGCGGCGGCGUGACGGUCCGCGUGGUGGUGAUGAACAACGUUCUGCCUCGAGCCAUGAAGAUGCACUUCAAGUACGACCUGAAGGGCUCGUCCUACAAACGCCGCGCUUCACGCAAGGAGCGGCUGAAGAACUCGCCCACCUUCAAGGACCUGGACUUCCAGGAGACGCACCAGGACUUUGUGGCUGGUAUUCAGUUCUUCUCCUUAUUUCUGCCCCCUCAGGUCCUGGAGAGCUUUAAGAUCAUGGACUACAGUUUGCUGCUGGGCGUCCAUGUGCUGGACAGGAAGCCGCUGAGCAGAGGGAACCGCUGCGACAGCCGGAGAGGACAGAAGGUCCUCUACUCCACCGCCCUGGAGUCCAUCCAGGGGAACCUGAAGGACCCGGAGCCGGUGGCCGACGACGACACGCUGGGUGGGAUUCCUGCCAAACACAAAGAUGAAAACCUGCUCAUCUUUUUGGGAAUCAUUGAUAUUCUGCAGUCAUACAGGUUCAUUAAGAAGGUUGAGCACUCCUGGAAGGCUCUCGUUCACGACGGGGACACCGUAUCGGUCCACAGGCCCGGUUUCUACGCCGACAGGUUUCUGAAAUUCAUGGGAACGACUGUUUUCAGGAAGCUUCAUCCUUUAAGGGGAGCGUCUUCGAAGAGGAAGAGGAGUUCGCUCCAUGCAGGCAAGUCGGCGUCUCAGGAGUUUCUGUCCACGCAGAAAGAGAAGAAGGAGGAGAAGAAGGCGCAGAGCCUGGACAACCUGGAUGGAAACUUUUACAGUUCCUCCAAACAACCAGAUCUUCUUCCCAAAUCUGCUCUGACUGAAUCCAUCCGAAACGACGAAGAGGAAACUGAAAACGGUGAAGAUCGCCGGGACUCCAGCUCCACUUUAGCUCUGGACGAUCCGCUGCCGUCGCUCAGCAGGAGCCAAUCAGACUCUGAGCUGGAUGUUUACUUGCCUCACACAGACUCGCCCAGGCGACCCAGCUGGAGCUGAACACGCGUUUGUGUCACAACAUCCAUAAAAAUUGAGGAAGGACRGUUAAGACUACAGCCUGCCAGCGUCACUCUGAGCCGCCAUCAUCGUCAUUUUCUGUGUUGCCAUCAAUGUGCCAAAUCACUGUAGAUCCAUUAUUAUCCUAUUAAUAGAGGGUGUUUGUGAGGUUUGAGAUCCACUGUUCUGACAAAAAAAACACUAAGCUGCCGCUGCUUCUUCCUCUCUCACUGUUGUUCACUGUGCUGGCAGUAAAUAUUUAAUUUUCACUUUGUUCUCUUUUGCUUCUUUUUCUUUGUUUUACCGUAAAUAUACAACUUUCUUAGCGGCUGGAUCCCUGAGGACAGGAAUGACUUUCCCAGAAAGGAUGUUCAGAGGUGAUUCUGUUACCUGUAGUACCACAGUGCAGGUUGGACGGCUGUGUUCUUACAUAACGUAUUUCAAUGAAGGGUUGUGCUCUCCUACACUUACAGUAUCAUGCAAAACUUCUGAUGGCACUAAAUAAUGCUGAUUAAACUUUCCCUGAACUUACUACUUCCUGUUCUGGAGCUUAGAAGAGGCUUCCCUGAGACUUUUGCUAGAAACCUGUCAGAUAAUUUCCUGAAAUUUAUCGGUUAUUGGCUUAAAAUAUUUCUGGAACCCAUUAUGCAGGAUCCUGGAAUGGUUUUGGGACCUAUGUGGUACUUUCCAUGGGACUUGCUAGGCACAUCUCUUUAAAUUACAAGUAUUUUUCUUGUAACUUACCAGUUAUUUCUUUGGGAAUGGACCAGGUACCAACCUGGAAUGUUCUCAGAACAUACCAGAUACAUUUCUGGAAAAUACCUGAUACUUACCAGUGAUUAGCCUAAGACYUUUCUGUAACUUGUCCUGGAAUGUUCCUAAAACCUUCCUCGCAACUUAACAAACAUUUCUAGAAACCAUCAUGUUCUUUCCUGUAACUUACCAGUUAUUGGGCUGAGACUUUCCUGGAAGUUACCAGGUACCAACCUGGAACUUCAUUUGCACGUACCAGAUACUUUCCUGGAACUGUUCUUAGAACUGGAAACUGCAGGUACUGUACUGGAACUUUCCAGGUGCUAUCCUGGCAUUUUCAUGGAACAUACUUGGCAUUUCCCAAGAAUCUUUCCUGUAACUUACCAGUUACUGGCCUAAAACCUCUCUGUAGCUUAUCAGGUGCUGUCCUGGAAACCAUCACGUAAUUUCAUGUCUCUAUCCUGGAAUAUUCUCUGCACCUUUCCUGGACUUAACACACAUUUCUAGAACAAAAAUAGCAUUUUCCCGUGACUUACCGGUUACUGACYUAAGAUUUCCUGGGACGCAACAUUUUAUUUCCUGAACCUCAUGAGAUGCUUUCCAUACAUUUACCAUCCCUGAACUUGGCAAGUCUCAGAGUCUGAUGGAAAUGUUGAAGUCAACUAUUGGUGUUGGUCUACUGGGUUUUCUAAAGACCAGCUGUGUAGCAACAUUAGAGCAAUUUGAGAUUCCUUCUAAAGCUUUAUGGACAAUCUGAUAUUUUCCAGCAGGACCUGGUACCGGCCAAGACCGCUAAAGAUCCCAAAAGCUAGUUCAGUGAUAUUACUUUGYUUGAUUGGCCAACAAACAGACCUGAACAAUAAGGACCAUGUAAGAUUGCUUAGAUACUCGGAAGUUAAUAUAAAAAUUCAGGGAUGAAUAAAUAAUACCACCUGUUUCCUUAAUUUGGAGAUAUUGGUCUGUUGGCAUGCUAAACAUUAGCAUAGAGCCUGGUAGCAUAUGAACACAGAUGUACUUCUUUGUGAUAUUAACUAAUUGGUAAGUCUCCAUGGUAACACCCUUAUGUCCAAAUAUUGCUUUGAAGGUAACGGGUAAACAUUAGCAUGUUAGCAUGAAAUGCUAAUUUGUUAGCUACAAAUGCUGUAGGUCUGAGCUUAAUACAGUAAUAGAAAUAUUAGUUUUUAAUUUCCUGGAACAUGUUGUACAAACUUUCAUCAAGACAGAGCCUUUAAUGCUGUUUUUAGAUAUUAAAUKKUCAAACUGUGUUGUCAUAGUAACACUUUACAGGCACAGUCUCAUUUUACCUACAGYGAGGAAUAAACAUUGUCAAUAUAUUUUUGAUUAUCCAAUAAAAGCUGAUUGUUUAAAAUGCCUUAAACAAAUUUGGAUUUUAUGUAAAGUUUUUUGUCUGGCUUUAGUCCACAUAUUGUUUAAACCAAAUGUGUUUUUCUGUGGUUUUUAAGACUACAAUUGUAAAUUUCUGGAAAAUAAAUUAAUAUUUAAAGUC